UUCCAAUCAUCAAAACCCUUCACGCAGGAUAACAUUUCUCUGGCUGAAUCUCAGGAAAAUACAACACGCUGCGCAAGGCGUUCAUAAUCCGAAGUCCGAAGAGAAAAAUUACAGAGCAACUACUCAGCUGUCGAUGAAGAGUAUGGAAUUAAUGGCAACGAGUAGCUCAACCACUUGAGAAUGAGAGGGAACGGCAGGUGAUGGCGAGAGUAAAUGACUAUUGAUCGAUCAAGUAAGCAUAAUGGGGUUUCAAGACAUAAUCGCCGGACUGUUGUUCUCGAGUCUAAUUUUACAAUGCUUUGCCCGUAAUUACGGGAAGAAAUGUAAUGGCUUGUGCGGGGCUGGUUCGAAUUUAGAACUCCCAUACCCAUUUGGAUUCUCUGAAGGGUGUGGAAUACAGUUGAAUUGUGACAACGGGGUUAUCAAAAUUGGAGAAUUUGAGGUGAAGAAUCUGACCGUUGACAGUAUACUGGUAAAAGUUCCGGCAAGCUGCAGCCGUGGGAUCGAAAAUAUUCUACUCCUUGAUGGCAAGAACUUUAAAAUUUCACCCCGUAACGUUCUUCUUUUAGAAAAUUGUAGCCACCCAUUACCGGAUUGCAAGGUGUUUAAAAGCUUUAUCGGAUCACCGAGAUGUAGAUUCAGUAAUGAGAGUAUGAGUUGCUACUCGGAGGACAGUAAAGACAUGAGCUUUUUGAACAUCGAUCGGUUGAAGCAGUCAAAGUGUGGCAGUGUGCAUUCAUCGAUCACCCUGGAUGACGGCGUUGAUAACGGUACAAUUCCGAGUUCUGCUCUCUCUCUGCACCUUCAGACAGUGGAGCUUGUGUGGUGGUUGGAUGGGAACUGUAAGUGUCAUCCCAACGGGAAAUGUUUGCCUGUUAAACUUCCAAAGGGAGGAAGCGGUUUCCGGUGCUCGUGUAAGGAUGGAUUCGUUGGAGAUGGCUUCGCGGAUGGUGAUGGUUGCCGGAAAGCUUCUAGUUGCAAUGCCUCCAAGUACAUGUCUGGUAAAUGUGGUGGAACAAGAGUUGGCAUUCUCAUCGUAGGAGUGGUUCUAGGAGUAUUUUUGACGUCUCUGCUGCUACUCGCCUGCAAUUGCACCCGAAAACGAUCCGCAUCACUGAAGAAACGAGUCAGUGCAAAGCGGCUAUCAGAAGCCGCGGGCUGCUCCAGCGUCCGUUUAUACCCCUACAAAGAGCUUGAACGGGCAACGAAUGGUUUCUCGGAUGAGAUGCGUCUAGGAACAGGUGCUUAUGGCACGGUUUAUGCAGGAAAGCUCUACAAUCACGAACUGGUUGCGAUUAAGCGUUUAAGGCCUCAAGAUGCGGAUGGAGUGGAGAACGUUAUGAACGAGAUCAAACUUCUAUCCUCAGUGAGCCACCCCAACCUCGUCCGCCUCCUAGGUUGUUGCCUCGAGAAUGAUGAACAAAUCCUCGUGUAUGAGUAUAUGCCAAAUGGAACUCUAUCUCACCACCUCCAUGGAAAACAACGUUCGGGACUUCCGUGGCUGAUCCGGCUGAACAUUGCGACCGAAACUGCUCACGCAAUUGCUCACCUCCACUCAUCCAUGAAUCCGCCGAUAUACCACAGGGACAUCAAGUCCACUAACAUUCUGUUGGAUUUCAGCUACAAAUGCAAGAUAGCUGACUUUGGGCUCUCGAGAUUUGCUAUGACAGACGAUUCCCACAUCUCCACGGCCCCACAAGGGACCCCGGGAUACUUGGACCCGCAGUACCAUCAGAAUUACCAUCUUUCUGACAAGAGCGAUGUCUACAGUUUUGGGGUAGUUCUGUUGGAGAUUAUAACAGCUAAAAAGGUGGUAGACUUCGCUCGGCCCAAUAGUGAGAUCAACCUGGCUGCACUGGCGAUAGAUCGGAUAGGAAAAGGGCGAGUGGACGAGAUAAUAGACCCAUGUCUGGAGCCAAACAGGGAUGCAUGGACACUUUCCUCCAUUCACAGGGUUGCUGAGCUGGCAUUUCGGUGCCUGGCUUUCCACAAGGACAUGAGGCCGUCGAUGACAGAAGUGGCAGAUGAGUUGGAUCAAAUGCGGGUCGGUAGUUGGGAACCGGUGGAGGGUAACAUAUGCAUGACAACGUCGUCAUCUUGCACCUCCCGUCAUAACUGGAGCGAGAUAUCAUUCUGCAGUUCUUUGAAUAAUAAGAAAGUAAUAAAGGAGUGCUCUCCGGUGUCGGUCCGGGACCCAUGGGCAAGCGAUGAGAGCUCGCCAUCAGCAGAUAAGUUGUUGGGUAGUGCAGCUGGACAGGCAUGAAUGAUGAAUCCAAGUGCUAGUUUAGACAGACUGAAUCCUUCUUUAUUUAUUCAUUAUUAUAGCUUGGCUUGUAUCUACGACCAAAACUAGUGAUGGCUAGUAUUGAUCAUUAAAAACUUGAACGCCAAACAAGUGUAAUUAACUUGUGUAGUUCUGCUUAGUUUGGGUGUGUGUAUAUGCGAGUACAGUUUUGUUAUGAUGAUGGUGUCCUUUAGGUCUUGAUCAACUAUAAGUGUACAAAUUCACCUAACAAAGUGCAUCAGGAACUUACACAUUGAGUUGACCAGUGAUGGUUUUUGGUAAAUGAGGUGGAUAUAUUGUACUCGUACAAAAUGAAUACAAUCUUUGUACAAAAAUUC